CCUGCCUUCUGCGCGAAACGGAGCACCCCCAAGCUUAACCUAAUCUACCUAUUUUGGCUAUUAAUAUUCGGAUCUGAUCUAAUUUUAAGUGUAUACAUGUAUUAUUAUGCCUCAAUCUACCUAUUUUGGCUCUUUAUAUUCGGAUCUGAUCUAAUUGUAAGUGUAUACAUGUAUUUAUGCCUCCUGAUUUCGUUCUUGUGCAAAAAAUUCUCUGGUGUACGUGUGUACAUCCAUGUCCUUUGCUGGGUACGCUCCCGUCUGAGAUGGUAGAUUAGGAACACAUGGUUACUCGUACACUUUUAUGAAAGAUUAACUUUGGACGAUGUCUUGUUUCCAUGUGUAACCGUCGCAAAGACACCUAGCACAAAUGAAAUGUUUCUCAGCAUUCACUACUUACUGAAACAAACUCAAUUGUAAGUUUGUAACUUCUGCAAUCACUUUUCCUGUAUCCAAAAUAUCUCUUGUAGUCCUUCCUAAGGAACCGCAUAUUGGAAAUGAAUAGAUAAGAAUAAGAAGAUUAAGAAAACUAAAAAAAGAAAGAUAUCUUUUUAUGUAAAUAUAGAAUUUGGUAAUCUGAGUGCUGCCAUGAAGAACACAAGCCAGAUGACGCAGCAAAGUAACAAUCCCUUCCUUUUUUCUGAUCAUACAGGAGUGUUGAUAAGGGAUCAGUUAAUGAUCUUUUUGGUUGUACUUUUUGACAAGAAUUAGUUAAUGAUAUUUUGGAUGCACAUUUUUAGUAUGUGUUUAUUUUUCGAUCAGUAUCUUAUGAACUCAGGAUUGAUCACAAGCUGAAGCAUGUUAAUUGCAGUUUUCGCUAAGCGUCUUUGGGAUAUCAAGUUUGUUGUUGUCCAAGAAGAAGAAAUAUGCAGACAUGCAGGAGAGCUGCAUAUCUUUAUAUUAAACAGAGAGAAAAAGGGAUGGAAACCCUGUAUAAGGCUUCUAGGGCUAGGCUUUUCAAAGAGUAUAAGGAGGUACAGAGAGAGAAAUCAGCUGAUCCUGAUAUCCAGUUGAUUUGUGAUGAUUCAAACAUAUUCAAAUGGACUGCUCUCAUCAAGGGACCCUCAGAGACUCCUUAUGAAGGUGGUGUCUUCCAGCUUGCCUUUGCUAUCCCGGAGCAAUAUCCUCUACUACCUCCCCAAGUUCGAUUUCUGACCAAAAUUUUCCACCCAAACGUGCAUUUCAAGACUGGUGAAAUUUGCUUGGAUAUCUUGAAGAAUGCAUGGAGCCCUGCAUGGACCCUCCAAUCUGUUUGUAGGGCUAUAAUUGCAUUGAUGGCUCAUCCAGAGCCAGACAGUCCACUUAACUGUGACUCAGGCAAUCUUCUACGAUCCGGUGACAUCAGAGGCUUUCAAUCGAUGGCAAAAAUGUAUACAAAACUUGCUGCAAUGCCAAAGAAAAGCUAAGUUUGCAUGAUGUAAUGGAACAUCGAUGGCAAAAUGUAUACAAAAAUUGCUGCAAUGCCAAAGAAAAGCUAAGUUUCCAGGAUGUAAUGGAAGUGUUUUAAAUAGCGGGCUAAGACAUUUAGCGGUUCAUGUCUAAAACAGCUAAUAGCGGAGCUAAAUCGGGCUAUGCGGAAUAUAGCGGCUAAAUUGUACAUGAACACAAAUAGCGGCACUCUGCCUCAAAAGGCUAUAGCGGGCUAUAGCGGCAGCUAUAGCGGGAUAUUUAAAACUAUGAAUGGAACACAUGUAUAAGGCAUGUUGUUAGAGAAAGUUGUGACGUAACCGUAUCUAGACUUGUAUAUCUUUUUAUCACUAACUCGUUAAGUUUGAUGCUAGAGAAUGGCACCACUAAUAUUGUUUGUU